AUGACCAAAGAGACUGAGACCCUGGGACUGGUCUUUCAGAGUGAGAACUUCAACUAUAACCGUUUCCCCAGCACCAUGGACUCCUGGUCGUACAUGAACGACCCGGGGCUGGAUCAGAACCUCUCCAAACCCCGACUCCAACCGGGAGACGACAUCACAGCCAUCACCAUGCUCUACGAACAGUGCAAGAACCAGAAAGAACAGAAAGUCCCUGCAAACCGAAUCAGUCUCCUCAAACCCACUGAGAGUUACUCCCAGGAGCUGCAGGGUUCCAAAGCUGCGGUCCCCACCACAGACGGCAACAGCUGCCUUACCACCGUCAUGGCCGACACCUACGACAAACACGAGCUCAACAACAUCUUCGACUCCCUGCUGCAGCGGUGGCCGGAGGGCGGGGCCUUCACCGACCCGGGCCCCGAGGCCCUUCGCUUCCCCGACCCCUUCCCAGAGGAGCAGUCCAGUCCCAUCUACUCCGGCUCCUACUCUGGUUCUCCGCAGGAACACCUGAGGAGCGACUUCACCUUCUCUCUGGGGGCCGCUGCAGCCUCUCCCUACAGGCCCAGCCAGCUCCCCAUGGUCUACCUGAACAAGGGCCAGUUCUACCCCAUCACUCUGCGCGGGGCCGACGGCAUCGCAGCCACCAAAGUCAAGACGGUGGUGAUGGCCGUCUUUGAAAAUGACAAAACGCCAGAAUUGCAGUUGAGGUUUUGGAACCACUGGCACGCACGCCAGCCCACCGUCAGACAGAGGGUCAUAGACAUCGCUGAUUACAAAGACGUCUACAGCAGCAUUAGCAACGUGGAGGAGGUGGCCUUCAACGCGCUCUCGUUUGUGUGGAACCCCAGCGAAGACGCCAAGGUCUACAUUGGCAUCAACUCCCUCAGCACAGACUUCUCCUCACAGAAAGGCGUCAAAGGUCAACCCCUCAACCUCCAGAUCGACACGUACGAGUUCAGCUCCGGGACCAACCGCCUGAUCCACCGCGCCGCCUGCCAGGUCAAGAUCUUCUGUGAUAAGGGCGCAGAGAGGAAGAUGAGGGAUGAGGAGAGGAAGAGGUCCAAGAGGAGGACCAAGAGCGUCGAUGCUAACGCGAACAAGGCCGCGCUGGGCAGUUCUGCAGAGAGCACGCUGCUGCAGACUCUGGACGACCACAUCACGGUCCCGGUCCUCUUCAUCCCAGACACACACCUCUCCAGCCUGCGAGUCUUGGCCGCUCCUGUGGACGAAAGCGAAAGGGGGAUUCUGAAGCGGCUGUACCCGGACAGAGGAGACUGCAGCUCUGCUCCGUCUAAACUCGCUCGACAGGAAGACCCGCGAGUUCUGCUGUACGUUCGGACCACCGCUGAGGAGGUCUUCAACGCCCUCAUGCUCAACAGCCCCACCCUCGCCGGCCUCAAAGAAGCGCUCUCAGAAAAGUACAGCAUGCAGGUGGAAUCUAUUGGGAAAAUCUUCAAGAAGUGCAAGCGGGGUAUUUUCGUCAACAUGGACGACACCAUUGUGGAGCACUACAGUAACCAGUCGGCCUUCCUCAUCGAAGUGUCCUCCGCUGAGGGCCAGAUGCAGCUGACUCUGGUGGAAAACGGAUCCAUCGGGGUCAGUUCACCCCGACGGUCCGACGCCACCGAGGUUUUCUACCGGUUCCUUGUAACCACAACCAGGAACGAUGGGUAA